AUGUCCCCAAGAUAUGUGGACCACAGCCCUCAGGCCGGGACACUGGGAGACUCAGGACACCUUGAUGGCAAUAUGGACACGGAAGACAAGGAGGACAACGUCUCAGAUCUGCGGCAGUCACCAUAUCGCCGUCAACCCUUUUAUGCUAUUGUCCUAUUUGCGGUGUCAUUGGUGAUCAUUGGUGGAAUCCUGCUUGUUGGAUUUUAUUCUACGGCAAACAAAGGCACCGAAACAUUGGAGCUGAGGAUUGAUGAGGAGUGCGGUGAGUCUGCUGCCCAGGCAAGACAAGCUGGAUGUGUAUUUGAUGCUAUACUCAUGGGUUGGGUGCCUUGGAGGUGCCAUGAUACGGAACUGGCAGUGGAAUUUAUGGAAAGGAACGACUGGGCGUUCUACCACGAUAUGAACAAGACCGGUGCUCCUGUACCCGAGGAUGAAAUUCUUCAAGGGGAAUGGAGAAAACACAGCGUGCUGCGGUGGGUGGGUCGGUACUGGAUGGAUAUCUGGCAGAUCCUCAUCACACAAGCCAUUGUGAGAUGA